AGUAACAUAGAGGAAAGAGAGGGACAAGAAAUAGGGUUCCAAAAUUCGUUGGAAGGGGAAAGGGGCUCUUCAAACCUUGUUCUGAUUGACUGCUAAUUAACCGAAUAGCUGUGGUGAUCGAAGGCGAACACGGCGGUCCUGAUAUUCUUCAUCAAAGCUUUACUGCAAUGUCCCAAAACAGAGAGAGGAUCACAGCCGAACGAUGCACUCAAAAUAGAGGGAGGAUCAAAAUCAAUUGUUGUGAGAGGUGAAUGGUGCACUCAUAUCUUUGGCGGCGAGACUAGUUCGACGAAGGAACAUGAUGACUAAAUUGCUGAUAGCUUCUGGUGGACAAUAGAGAUAACUGAAUAGAAAUGUGAGGCUGUUGCUGCUGCUGUUCUAAAGGAGGGGGACUAAACAGUUCACCACCAUUCUAUCAUAGGGACACCAUCAAUCAGAUUUUGCGAUAUGCAAGCAAGAAUCGACUUCCGGAAAGUUUGAAAGAGCAAAUGCUGGCAAAUAUGCAACUGAAAUUUAGGACAGCAGAAUUACAGCAGGAGGAAGUGCUUGAAGACCUACCUAAGGCAAUUAGAUCAAGUAUUGCUCAGCAUCUUUUUCAUGGAACUGUGGAAAAUGCCUAUCUCUUCAAAGGAGUUUCUGAAGACCUUAUCGUCCAACUGGGAAGAAGAAGUGUCUGAUAGACAGUCCAUACACACAUCCAGGAUGCAUAAUGAGUCCAUAUAGCAGGAGCCAAAAUCAAUGUGGAAAUUUUAAAUUCAGAGUUACCAGAUUGUCAUCUAAUUAAGCAGCAUCUUGUGGCAUCUUCUCCUCUCAGGUGUCUGAAAUGAAAGCAAAAUAUUUUCCACCAAAGGUUGAUAUCAACUUACAAAAUGAGAUACCUACGGAUUUCUACAUUCUAGUAUCUGGAGCAGUGGAUGUCGUGAUAUACAAAAAUGGCACGGAGCAGUUCUUGUCAAAAUUAGGGGUUGCAGACAUGGCAGGAGAAAUAAGGGUACUUUUCAAUAUCCCACAACCUUUUACGGUGAGAACUAAGAGACUUUCUCAGGUCAUCCAGAUUAGUCAUCAUCAAUUCAAGCAAAUGGUGCAGCCACAUAAUCCAGAUGGAAAGAUAAUAAUCUCCAACUUUAUACAGUAUUUGAAGGGAUUAAAGAAUGAGUUGCUCGAAGAGAUGCCAUUUGUAAAAGAUUUGUUGGAUGAGUUCAAUAUAGAGGGCUUCAACUCCAUAUUUGGUGUUCUGCAGAAGUUUGAGAAUAGUUGCUGA